ACUAAACUCAUCAUGAUGAAAAUUUCGUUCUCUCUUUUUCCCGCUAUCAAAAUUGAAUCUAUGCCAAUAAAAAUUGUUCUAUAUGCCACGCAUGCGCUCAGUAUCCUGAGAAAGUGCCAAUUAAGGAGAAGUUCGAUCCUAUGCAACGCAUCUAUACAUAGUAUCUUACUUAUGUAGAUAACUUUGAUUGCAAUGUGACAAAUUGCACUCUUUGCGAUGAAAUUAUACAGAAAACAUAACCAUCACCAUCAAUUGGGGGAAUUCAAAUUCGACCGUAUAUUUCUACCUUACUAUCGUUAACUGUAAUUGCUUAGUCAAUUGUGUUAUCAACCAAUAAUAAAAAGUUGUUUUAAAAUCGAACCAACAACCAUGACUUUUAGUGAGUACACGUAUUAGCAAGAUCAGAAAUGUCAGCACGUAAAUUUGUUAGAAUUAUUACACCCGAUAGCAUAGAAUAUCGUUAUUUUCCUAUCACAAAAUCUCGCCUCAGGCUGAGUAUGCAAGCUGCUCAUGAUGCAAGAAUUUCCUUACGUACACAUUUGGGUGGAGACUCAAAUGUGUAUGAGAUUAUUAUUGGAGGAUGGAGAAACACAAUGUCAGCCAUUAAAAGGAAUAACCAAGAACAAGAUGUGGCAGAAGCAGAAACAAGAAACAUAUUAAAUGCUCAGUAUAUGUUCAAUAUUUGGAUUCAAUGGUGUUGUGAUGGAACUUUAAAGAUUGGUCGUCAAAAUGGUGAUGUUUUUCUAGCAUACAAAGACAGAAAUCCGUUUGUUAUAAAUUAUAUAGGGGUUAGCACAGCGUGGGGUGCAACUGGUGAAUUUUUGAUAGAAGAAUCACCGUGUACAUCUCUAGUUGUUAGGCAACAAUUGGUAGACACUUGCUACUGUUGGAUAGAUUAUAACGAAUCGGAUGGUCUUCCACAAAAUGCUGUAAUGGCCUCAGAAGAUGGUUUGUAUAUAGGCCGCGUUCAUCACAGAGAUUCGAUCACACCUGGUGGUAUCAGAAAUAAUGUAUGUACAAUCCCAUGGGGUGGAGCCUCUCACGAUAAAAAAGAUUUUCAAAUAUUAUGCGGCAAAGAUGUGAAUUGGGUAAAAUCAUGGGAAGGAAGUGUUCCUUUGUACGCUCUUCCUGCCGGUGAAACCGAAGAUGGCCACGCUCUUUUUAUAGGCAGAGUGUUACACGAAGGUGUAUAUCACAUAGGAAAAAUACAGCCGAAUCAUCAAAUAUGUUAUAUAGGCGUACACGGCCAUGAAGAACGUUACAUAGAUUAUGAAACUUUAGUCGUUUGUGAUUAUUAUGCUGUGGAAUAUGUUGGUAGAUAAAAUUCUUCUUGUGGAAAAUAGUUAUUUUUCAUACAAAUUAUUUUUUUAUGUCAUAAAUAUUUAUAUGAUUGUAACUCUAAUUUAAUAGAGAUAAUAUAUAAAUUUAAAAGAGAAUUAUAAAUAGUAUUAUGACGGUAUUAAAGAAUGAUGAAAUAUUUACUCAGAAAUCUAAUGGGAUAUAGUCUCAUAUGCAAGCUUUCAUUGAAUGAUACCAUUAAAAUUUUAUAAGCAAUAUAACAUUGAAAGGAAACAAGAUACUUUUCAAAUAAUGGAGAAGCAAAUUAAUUGAUUUUCACGAUUUUGAAAAUUAUAGAUCAAUUUUUUAUGAGCAUAUACUAAAUGCCAUAAGGAGGACUGGGAAAGAAAUUACAAAAAGAUCCCAAAAGCGUUCUAUAUAUAUAUAUAUAUAUACAUUGAAAAUGAUAAUAAAUAUUAUCAUAAUUGUAAUAAGUGUAAAUACUAUGUAGUAUAUGUGCUGACACAAGUGCACAAUAAAUAUUACUUAUUUAUAA